UCCUCCUCCGCCGUUGCCCCGGCCGCCCCGCCGGGCCCCGAAGUCGCCCGCGCCUUGGCGCCAGCCCCUUGGCCCGCGGCGCUGGCGGCGCGGUUGGGACAGGACGGAUGUGGCGCAUGCGUGGUGGCGCCACUAGGCGCGGGAGCUGCGGCGGUGGGGACGGCGGUGGGGACAGCCGCGGGCAGGGCCGCCCCGGCCGGGCUCGUGGGGGUGGCGGCAUCGGCGGUGGCGUGGGCUGGCGAGGCCGUGCGGGCGGCGCCCGACAGCAGCUGGAGGAGCGGUUCGCCGACCUGGCUGCGAGCCACCUGGAGGCCAUCCGCGCGCGGGACGAGCGGGACCGGCAGAACGCGCGGCUGCGCGAAGAGAACGCCCGGCUGCGGCUUGAAAACCGGCGGCUGAAGCGCGAGAACCGCAGUCUCUUCCGUCAGGCUUUGCGGCUUCCCGGCGAGGGUGGUGACGGGGCGGCCACAGAGGCGGCCAGGGCCACCGCGGUCCCCGAGGAGGCCAGCACGAACCGGAGGGCGAGAGGCGGCGGCCUGGAGAACGAGCCCGGCAGCCCCAGGGCCCUGAGGGCCCGGCUGGAGAAGCUGGAGGCCAUGUACCGCCGGGCCCUGCUGCAGCUGCACCUCGAGCAGCGGGGGCCGCGUCCGUGUGGCGACAAGGACGAACCGCCUUUGCGCGCACCCGAGUCAGGCCUGCGCGCCCAGGACCCGGAGGCCCCAGAGCCCUGGCUGUAGCCGGAGGCCGCGGCCGGGGAGAGGCGGGGCCUCGCGCGGCCCCACCUUCUCCGCUCGAGGCUCCCGCACCUAGCAACGCCCUGGGCCCCCCGCAGCAGGACUGGACCACUGCGCCCUCCGCCUCCCGCCCCGCGCUACCCAGCGAGGUUCGGCGUCGGUCGCCUGCGGUUGAGAGCUUGCGGGGCCCACUGGAUCCCCACAGUGCAGAGCACCUGCCUCUUGCCCCUGCUGGCUUCCAAGGGUUGAGGCCUAGAAACCGAGGGGCGGGUUUGACAACAGCAAGAAAUGGGUGCCAGUCAACACGUCCUAAUGUCUGAACUUUUCAGGGUGUUGUGAUGACCUCUUCUCCUUUUUCUUUUCCCCCCUUCCUGUUUUGGUUCUAUGAGGAAUGAAUAAUGCAUUUUGAGUUGGUUGAAUUUGUUGUUCAUACUUCAGUCCCCUAAAACCUCUAGCCAUUAUCUCUUACAUGGUCAACAUUUGCUUUUGUAAGUCAGUAUUACUUGAAUAUCCUAUAAAGUACCACCUUUUUAUUAAAAAGAUAAUAUUUAUUACUUAGGAAAUCCUAUGUCUGCCCCCUGCUCUAGUCCUUAAACAUAUACAUUGAUUUGUUUACCCCCAGGAAAUUUUUAAAAUAUCUGCCUACAAGUGAUCUUUUAAAUUGGUAAAUAAAUCUGAUGCAUUAAAAAUAACCUAGAUACA